AUGGACCGCUUGCGUCAUCUCAUUGGCACCGUUGCCGCCCGAUUCGCCAACCGUCGCUAUGUUUUCGCUCUCGCUGCCGUCAGCGUCGUCGCCGCCAAGGCUGUCCACAUUGACGCCCAUCUCGAUGCCCUCACGCCCUCCGACAUGCUGCAAUGGGGUCCGUCCUUCUUUUUUCAGGACAGCAUCUUGCUCAUAAUGAUUCGCGCAAUGCUCUUUGCCCAAGGCCCCUGGGCCGCUCUCAUCGGCACUAUCCUCGCCUCCAUCCUAGUCCUCGUCUGCCUUGCCCUCGCAUCCAUCAACAUCUCCUUCUUCGCCGUCGCCGGCAACGAGCUGCAUUGGCGGAAUGUUGCUCUCGCCGGUGAUUCCUCCUCCUGGAGCACUCUACUUACCGGUCUCUUCUCCCUCAGCGUCACCCUGACCGUCAUACUCCUCGCAAGCUGGCUCUUGCAAGAUGUCUGCUACAUUGUCGCAACCGUUGCCCUCGAUAUGAUCAAAUUUCCCUUUACUUUUGUCUACUCGUUGAUCGCUAGCAAUCGCCGCCGUCCCUCCGCCGGCCAUUACUCCAACGUGCCUCAGAACGACGCCGAAAACGCCCUCGAGCACCGCUAUACCGAUGACGAGUUAGACUCAUCAUCCGAGCUCAAGAUGGCCCAGCCUCCCCGACGCCGCAAUACUUUCAUUGGUCUAGCCUUUAAUCUUUGUGUCGGUCUCGGUCUCCUCGCCCAGCUCGUUUCCUACGCCACUCGUCCCGACCAGACAUCCGUCACCUUCAUGUCAUGGACCUUGCCACUUGUCCCCUUUAUGGACUUUGCUCACGCCGCGCCAAACCUCUCAAACCUGCUCACCUAUCACGGUCAAGGCUUCAACUUUGACAACCUAACAGCUCUGGCCGCGCCCGUCCCUUUCCCUUGGUUGCCCAAAGACGUCAAGCUCCCCGGAUUUGAAGACUGGCAUGACCACAGGGAACACUACAACGCCGACAAAGACCCCAUCAAAAUUUCCAACCUCCAGGAUCCUCUUCUCGAGCCUCUCCACGCCCAUAUCAAGGACGUCUCUAUUCGCAAUAUCAUGCUCAUCAAGCUUGAGAGCACACGCAAGGAUGUCUUUCCCAUCAAAAAGGGUGGUCUCAUCUGGAAUAAGUUUGAACAAUCUUUUGGAAACGGCACCCUACCCAAAGCAGCCCAGGAGCGUCUUGCUACCCUAACUCCCAACGCCAACUACAUCACCGGCGACUAUGACGAUGGUUUCGAUCACGCCGAGCGACCACGACGCGGCGGCAUCAACGCUAAUAAUUGCCACACCACUGGUACCUACACGCUCAAGAGUUUGCCUGGUACCCUCUGCGGCAUUACUCCUCUGGUCGCCGAUAUGAACCAAGAGUACUACAGCCACGUCUACCAACCUUGCCUCGCUCAUAUCUUUGACGCUUUCAAUGCGAUUGAUCACUCGUCCGACCGCCAAAAAGAUGGAUUCAAGCCCUACAAGUGGAACUCCCUAUACAUGCAGUCCGUAACACAUACCUUUGACAAGCAGGACAAGCUCAUGCCUGUCAUGGGCUACAGCGAUGAGCGCUUUGUCGACUCUGAAUAUCUGCGCUCCGACAAGGCCAAAUUUGGCAAGUCAGAGAUUGAAGAUAUCAACUACUAUGGCAUGCCCGAAAACGCCAUUGCAGACUACGUCAGGGAUGCCUUUACCUCGGCCAAGAAGAACAAUGAGCGCGUCUUCCUGACGCACCUGACGUCGACUACCCACCACCCCUUUGCGCUGCCCAAAGGUGAACCGUAUGUCAGCCUCAGCGAGGACUCGGGUCUACAGGACCUCUCAGGAUACGCCAACGCCGCCGGCUUUGUCGACCGCUGGCUAGGCCAGAUCUUUGAUAUUCUCGAAGAAACUGGCGCUGCCAACGAGACUCUCAUCGUAUAUGUCGGCGACCACGGGCUAUCGAUUGCCGAGAAUGCUGCCGUCACGCCUUAUUACCAGGCCAACGUGGGCAACUUUCACGUCCCGCUCGUCCUCUCACACCCUAGCAUGCCGCCUAUCGAUGUCAACGACGUUGUCAACUCCAACAUGAUCCUCCCCACGAUUCUCGACCUUCUCAUCGAAAGUGGCUCGCUCGGCGAGUCGGACACCAAGGCUGCGCAGGACCUGGUGAAAAAUUACGAAGGCCAGUCGUUGAUUCGUCCCUUGCGCAGCCACGGUCAGCCCGCCGAUGUGGGCGGCUGGCAGUUUACCGUCAUGAACCCAGGCCGCGCAACGCUUUCGGUCCGCGAUGCCCGUCACCCAGACUGGCGCGUUGUCAUCCCUAUUGUGUCUGACAUUGAGUGGCGCUUCACGAAUACCAAGGAUGACGAGCACGAAGACCAGCCGAUUCUCGAUUUUGGCUAUCCUGAAUUCCUGAAAAAGGUGGAGGCGGCCUUUGGUGAGGAAGUCUCCAAGUGGGUGGAGGAAGCGACUUUUGUGUCCCGUUGGUGGGUGGACGAUAACGCUCGGCGCUGGCGCUACCAGCCGUCUUGA